AUGAUGCGUUCGGACGCGCUGAUGGAUAUGGUAAAUGCAAUGGAAGACGAUGUGGCCCUAGUCACACAGAUGCCGUAUUGCAAGGAUAGGGAGGGAUUUGCAGGUGCUCUAGAACAGAUCUACUUCGGUACCAGCCAUGGCCGUAUCUAUCUUGCUGGCAACUGCAUGCAGUUUGUAUGUUCGACCGGAAUGUCGUCAUUAAUGAGGAAAUUUGUGCUAGAUGAAUGCGGUGGAUUAUCGGCAUUUGGUGACGUCUUGGCGGAGGAUUAUUUCAUUGGAUUAGAGUUCAGCCGUCGCGGUUGGCGAUCAGCGAUUUCUACUCAUCCGGCCCUUCAAAACGGUGCUGAACCUACUGUAGCGAAGUUCCACGCGAGAAUUAGAAGAUGGAUGCAGCUGCGGAUCGCGAUGACUUCGUAUAGCAUGUUAUUCAUAUUGAUGUUUGAUUGCUUCAUGUCUGGUCUUAUUGGUUGUCUGUGUGCCAAUCAUUUAUUAGGUCUGAAUCCUAUAGCCUACUAUGCAGUGCACUGUAUCGCUUGGUUUUUGUGUGAUUACGCUUUGAAUCGAUCUAUACAGAAUGGUCCUCUACCAUAUCGUUUGCCGGCAUUCGCAUGGGCUUGGGCAUUCCGUGAAGGAUUGGCACCGUUCAUCUAUGUCCGGGCAAUACUCACACCCAGCAUCAACUGGAGAAAUGGCCGGUUCCGAUUUACGAUUGGGGCGGCCAAUGAUAAAGUCAUCCUG